AUGCCGGUGCUGACCCUGCUGCCAAGCACAUGCCGGCACGUGCGAUGCAGGACAUCCUCUCCUCACCUCCUCCCCACAUCCCACAGCGGCCAGUUUGCCAUUGUACGAAAAUGUCGGGAGAGGAAAACAGGUCUGGAGUACGCAGCCAAAUUCAUCAAGAAGCGUCGGCUGUCAUCCAGCCGUCGGGGUGUGAGCCGGGAGGAGAUCGAGAGGGAGGUGGACAUCCUGCGGGAGAUCCAGCACCCCAACAUCAUCACACUGCACGACAUCUUCGAGAACAAGACGGACGUGGUGCUGAUCCUGGAGCUGGUCUCGGGCGGCGAGCUCUUUGAUUUCCUGGCUGAAAAGGAGUCCCUGACGGAGGAGGAGGCCACCCAGUUCCUCAAGCAGAUCCUGGACGGGGUGCACUACCUGCACUCCAAGCGCAUCGCCCACUUUGACUUGAAGCCGGAGAACAUCAUGCUGCUGGACAAGAACGUGCCAAACCCUCGCAUCAAACUCAUCGACUUCGGGAUUGCCCACAAGAUUGAAGCUGGGAAUGAAUUCAAGAAUAUAUUUGGGACCCCAGAGUUUGUAGCCCCAGAAAUUGUGAACUACGAACCCCUGGGGCUGGAGGCCGACAUGUGGAGCAUCGGGGUCAUCACUUACAUCCUGCUGAGCGGAGCCUCCCCCUUCCUUGGGGAAACGAAGCAAGAGACCCUGACCAACAUAUCCGCUGUCAACUAUGACUUCGACGAGGAGUAUUUCAGCAACACCAGCGAGCUGGCCAAGGACUUCAUCCGCCGCUUGCUCGUCAAGGACCCCAAGAAGCGGAUGACCAUCGCUCAAAGCCUGGAACACCCUUGGAUUAAGGUGAUCAAGAGGAGGAACGUCCGCAAUGAAGAUAACUGCAAGAAGCCCGAGCGCCGCCGGCUGAAGACCACGCGCCUGAAGGAAUACACCAUCAAGUCCCACUCCAGCAUGCCACCAAACAACACGUACAUCAACUUCGAGCGCUUCUCCAAGGUUAUGGAGGAGGUGGCUGCAGCCGAGGAGAGCCUCCGAGAGCUGGAGAGGAACAAGAAGUCCUUCCAGGAGGACAUCGAGGCCCUGCUGUCCAUCUAUGAGGAGAAGGAGUCAUGGUACAAAGAGGAGAACGAGAGCAUCAGCCAGGACCUCCGCCAGAUCCGGCAGGAGUUGCAGAAGACAGAGGCCCUGAAGAAGCAGGCACAGGAGGAGACCAAGAGCGUGGUGCAGGUGGCCAAUGGCCUCAAGAGGCGUUACCGAAAGCUGGAGAACCACUACGAGGCGUUAGCCAAGCAGGUGGCUUCAGAGAUGAAGUUUGUGCAGGAGCUGGUGUGGUCCAUUGAGCGGGAGAAGCUGCAGAGCGGUGAGGGAGAUGUCAGUAUCCGCUAA